CACAUUUUCCAAGCAGACAGGAGCCACAAUGUGGCGCACGCUCGGUAGUGAACACGGUAUAUGACUCUUCAUUCAUAAACAGAGCGAAGGCAAACUGACUGACAGUUGAAUCGAGAGUAAGAAAAUCAACACUUCCGGACAAUUAAGCUUUUGACACCAAGAGAGCAAAUCACCACUUUUAUCUUGGCGUUUCUCCCUUUUCUUGAGGUUGUGUUUAUUUCACUAGUUUGUCACAGCUUCAGAUCCGAAGAAUGAGAGGGAAUCUUUCCCCGAACGAAGAUAUUUCAGCGUAUUAUUCAAUGAUGCCAGUCUCGGACUUCCAUGAAAAUGUUCCCUGUACGGUGGAGCCCGCGGAGAGUGUCUGUGGAGCGGCAGAACCUGUCACCUCCAGACCGCGGAUGGGGGAUACCUUUCUGGCGCAGGAUCGAGGAUGCGCGCAGGACGUAGCUGAAGAGUUAAAGGGGUGGAUUAGCUGUGCGGGCAUUAAUAUGUGCGCGUGCUGUGUGUGUUUCUGCCUGUGCUAAUCUCCGAGCCCGGAUGCCUGAUCAUCACAGGGUUGGAUGGAAGACCAACGUGACUGAGGGAGAGCACAGCACACAGAUCCCAUGAUGAUUCAGCCAUCCAUCAUUCUCUCUGCUGGGUUCUCCUGACCUUGGUGUCGUUCAGCUAGUACACGCACGCACGCACGCACACACACACGAGGCAGACAUAACUGAAGGAGAUCAAAACACAACGACACACACAUACAGCUUGUCCUGUAGCAGGGCUGAACACAUCUACAGUAGCAGCUAUCUCUGUUGUGAAGCUGAACUGCUUUAUCAAAGGGCAGCUUUGUCUUGGUUGGAUCUCAUCAUGAUAGAUGCGUUCAUUCACUAUGAGAGGUCUCAGGAAUGAUUCACUUCUGCGCUGAGCAUGGACAGGGCAUGUGCAUCUCUAUUGACGUCACUCUUCAUAGAUCACCAUUGUGUGGUCCUCUUCUCUGAGUGACUGGAGCUUGCCACUGCCAGAUUGCAGUGCUCCUCAGCUUUUUCUACCAGAGACAGGCAUGUAAGGGGUUUUUCUGAGGAUAAAUUUUAAAUAAAAACUUGAACUUGAAAACGUAUUAAGUUAUGUCAUUAAUUUAGACAGACCUUGUCUGCAAUAUUCCAGGGAAUUGUCAGAGUGCGUGCUCUUUUAAGCUCAAAGGAAGCUAGCUUCUUUUCUUUUUAAUUUCCUAUUUGGCAACAGUUUUAAUAGUGUUUAUUUAAUACACUCCUCUCUAACUUAUGUAAUGACCCAUGUAAUCCGUGAUGUGGAAAAUAAUCGUCUUUCAUAAAGAGUUGGCCUGCCUGCUGCUCUCUGGCGUUAGCCUGACAGUGUUUAUUGGAAUUGCUCAUGACGUGUGAUACGUAGGGCCCUCGGCCGAGGUCAGGUGCUGCCUAACCUCUGGAUGAGCUGGCUGACCUGUGGACCCUCAGACCUAAGGUAACAGCAACAUUACAUAGUUAAUAUAACACUGAGAGAGUGUCUGCCCAUACAGAGGAUAGGAGAGGAGGAGGGGUGUAGGGGAGGAAGAGGAGAGAGAAGGAAGGAAGAGGAGGAAAGUUUGGGGAAGAAGAGUUGAGAUGGGUGGAGAUGCAAUGUGUAAAAAAAAAAACGUCAGUAUGUCUGGGUUGUCUGGGGUGACCAAACUCAACUGUGAGUAGUAUGGUACCUGACCUGUGAAUAAGUAUUUUCACACAGGAGCGAUGACGUGCACGUACAACAUCACCUAUAUGUCAGGUAGGAUACACAGUGCUGCUAUUAUGUUAAGUAGACAGUUGACACAGCAAAAAACACACUACUGUAUACACGGAUGAUCACCUCUCUACGCUGUUGCUUCCAGUACAUAUUCUGAGUAAUAGGCACUUGUCUCUGGCGUGUUGGAGUGGUGUGUAAAGUGUCAUUCCAUUUGUCGUGCCCUGCUGUUUGUCUAAUGUAGGUCAUGUGAUUGGAAGUCCUCAGAGUUGGAUUCUAGGGUUAAUAAGUGGUGUCUGAUUUCCCCAGGUCUCAGAGGAUUGCGGAUGUGGCAGAAAUAGCCUCAGAUGAAGCAUUACUGUACUUUUUAGCUUUCAAGGGAAGCUGAACAACCACAUAAAUGCAAGAAGCAACACACAUUUCAAUGUUAAUCAGUGCAUGCCACAAUCUGUUGCAUCUGAACAGUCAAUAGUCAUUAGAAUAGGGUGCUUACACAGUAGACCUGGGUGAACUCCAAGUGAUCAUCUGUCACUGACUGAAGUGUGAACACCAUCUCUCUCCAUGCCCAGAGUGAGCACAUUCACUGACACAGCACUGGCAAAUCUCAAGAAAAAACUGUGCUUGCCCCACCAAUGUUCAUCUUUCAAAAGAAAACCCCAUCCAUGAAGAGAAGCGCAGAGCGAUUGGAGGAGGGCUCAGUUAUGGGAAUCAGUCCAAACAAACGAGUCAGAUCGCUCACCUACCCUAACCCUAACAACAGAAUCAGGAAAGGCUCCUGUGACAGCAGUAGACGAGUGCGAUCAAGCGCUCUCUCUUUUCCCCCGCGUCCUCCAGUCUCAAGAUCAAAUGUCUUCAUGCCCUCAAGUCUCUGCAGCCAGACCAACAUUUCCCAAAACAAAGUGUCACCUCUGAACAGGGUCAGAAGGUCAUUACUUCAGCCUGCACGUCUCCUCGCCCCUCAGCCCAGGAACAACAUCUCACAGCCACACCUAUCUGAGGUCAGCCAUGACCUUUCAGACGAUUGCUGCAGCGUCACAACUGACCACUCCUCCACUGUGAGUGUAUUACAUCUGAAGACGUUCCCUCAAGUUCACAGAGCUACGUGGUGUCAGAGACACCGUUUAGUUCCCAGCAAUGAUUCUGAACCUGCUGACCUCUCUGCUGACCUCUGGUUCACCCUCUACAGAUUGAAGGCAGACACUAUUACCUCAGACAGGGUCCAGUUUGUAUUUGGGGAAAACAUGGGCGCGAGAGUUUUGAGACCACAGAAAUUGCCCAGCAGUGAACAUUCUGAUUGCAGCUCCUCUAAUUCUGAGUCCUCCACCUUUGAGACAAGGCAUAAAGGUGCUGUGUGGAACAGCCUGAGGGAGUCUGCUGCAGCUUACACAGAGUCCUGUGGGAGGCAGCGUGUGCUCAGGCGGGUUCAGCUGUUCACUGGGGAGGAGAAGGAGAGCAAUGUGGUCCAGCUGACCUGCAGACUGUUUGUUCUGGAAAAUGGAACUCAGGCAUGGAAUGAGCGAGGGAGAGGAGUCCUGCGACUCAAUGAUCUAAUGGCAGGGACCAAAGGAGGGCUGCAGUCCAGGAUAGUGAUGAGGCACCAGGGCAGUCUGAAAGUCAUCCUCAACACUAAGCUCUGGCCCCACACACACCUGCGUCGCCCCGCCCGUCGGAACCUCCAGGUGACGGCCACCGACGUGGAGACCCAGGCCAUCCGGGUGUUCCUCAUCCAGGCCAGCGCCAGGGACGUGGCUCGCCUCUACGUAGCCAUCCACCAUCGGCUGGUAGCCCUACGGUCCAGUGCUGCUGGGAGGGAGGCAGGGGCUGCAGGGGGCAGGACCAGGGAGGGACACUGCAACAGUGAGAAUGAGGAAGAGGAGGAGCAGGAAGAGCAGAGACAACGGCAAGAACGAGAAGGGCUGCUAGUGACACGAUUGCGACCUGUGGUUUCUGAUUGGAUACACAGUAAACCCCGUUUGGAAUCUUGGUGACAUGACAUUAUACUGACCUGGACCAUGCAACAGUUUGUGGUGUCAUCACAUCUGAACAGAACUUUUAACCAUCAUGGAACAAAACAUCAAGAGACAGCUUUCAAAAAUAAAUACUAGCAUUUACUGAGCUACCAUGACUACCUUUUGCCAAAAGAAGAUAUAUUACAUGACCAAAAGUAUGUGGACACCUGCUUGUCAAACAGCUGAUUCCAAAAUCAUGGGCAUUGAUAUGGAGUUGGUCCCCCGCUUUGCUGCUGUAACAACCUCCACUCUUCUGGGAAGGCUUUCCAUUAGAUGUUGGAACAUUGCUGCAAGGACUUCCUUCCAUUCAGCCACAAGAGCAUUAGUGAGGUCAGGCACUGAUGUUGGCUCGCAGUCGGUGCGUCAUUUCUUCCCAAAGGUGUUAGAUGGUGUUGAGGUCAGGGUUCUAUGCAGGCCAGUCAAGUUCUUCGACACCGAUAGCUUUGUGCAUGGGGUCAUUGGCAUGCUGAAACAGGGAAGGGCCUUCCCCAAACUGUUGCCACAAAGUUGGAAACACAGAAUCGUCUAGAAUGUCAUUGUAUGCUGUAGCGUUAGCGUCCUAGCCUGAACCAUGAAAAACAGCCACAGACCAAUAUUCCUCCUCCGCCAAACUUUACAGUUGGCACUAUGCAUUCGUGCAGGUAGCGUUCUCCUGGCAUCCGCCAAACCUAGAUUUGUCCGUCGGACCACCAGAUGGUGAAGCGUGAUUCAUCACUCCAGAUAACGCGUUUCCACUGCAGAGGCCAAUGGCAGCGAGCUUUACACCACUCCAGCCGACGCUUGGCAUUGUGCAGGGUGAUCUUAGGCUUGUGUGCGGCUGCUCGGCCAUGGAAACCCAUUUGAUGAAGCUCCUGACGAACAGUUAUUGUGCUGACAUUGUUUCCAGAGGCAGUUUGGAACUAACUAGUGAGUGUUGCAACCGAGGACAGAAUUUUUGCUGAGGCUCAUAGACCAGGGUUCCCCAAUUGGCGGCCCACGUAUGGUGGUUUUAUAUGGCCCUCAGAGUUUCUGAGCAAAAAAAAACAACAAAUAUACACUUAAAAUUCAAUGUUGGACAUAAUUUAUCUUAAUUUUGGAGAAUCUGUUCUAGUAUUCCAACGCAUAAUAUAGAAAUGUGAUUGUAUACCAAGGUAAGCAAGGUUUGAAAUUGUUUUAGUCAAAUUAUAUCUGUGAGAUUCUUGCGGUCAAUUUGCAGUCUACAAUUGAUCUUUAAUCAUGACCUGGUCCUCCGACCAUCUGCUGAGGAAAAAUAAAUAAAUUGGCCCGCGGCUGAAUCUAGUUGAUGAUCCCUGUCCUAUACAUUUCCACUUCACAAUAACCGCACUUACAGUUGAACGGGGCAGCUCUAGCAGGGCAGAAAUUUGAUGAACUGACUUGUUGGAAAGGUGGCAUCCUAUGACAGUGCCACAGUGUAAGUCACUGAAAUCUUCAGUAAGACUGCCAAUGUUUGUCUAUGGAGAUUGCAUGGCGGUGUGCCUGAUUUUAUAUACCUGUCAGCAACGGGUGUGGCUGAAAUGGCAGAAUACACUAAUUUGAAGAGGUAUCCACAUACUUUUGUAUAUAAAGUGUACCUUUGUGUUGACAUUACUAUAUUGCUGUACUUAGUUGUGUACUUUACCAAAUUGUGGCAGUGUGCAAUGAGAGGGUAUACUGCCACAUUUCUAUUAUGCAUUUAUAAUGAAUAAGUGCUAUUUGUGGCCGAGGCACCCACAUUACUUACUGGAAACCUAUUUGGAAUGUUUUCAAAAUAUUUUGUUAUUCUAUAUUUUGGGGGGAAAAACUUUAACCAUUUUUAGAUCUUUCACUACAAAUAUAUUAGAAUGUCUUUACUUAGUGCCUUCAGAAGGUAUUCAGACACCUUGACUUUUUACACAUUUAGUUAGGUUACAGCCUUAUUCUAAAGUUGAUUAAAUAGUUUUCCCCCUCAAUCUAUACACAAUAACAAAGCAAAUAUGGGUUUUAAGAAAUGUUGGCACAUUUAUUAAAAAUAAAAAACAAAUAUAUUUA